AUGAUGCGAUCACGAGUUAAAGAGAACACCAUGUUGUUUGUACUAAUUUUUUCGCUCACGGCUGGUUUCUACUCUGCUAAGAACAACAAAUCACCAGACACCAAGGUAACUAUAUAUCAGAUAUUGCCACUACACAUUUUUUUUAUUACAGUUAAAUAACGCUAGUUUAUAGAGAAAACUAUUUUUGGCAGCCUGUUCAAUCUUGUCCAUCUUGUAAUCAUGGUGGACAAACCGGGAUGUGGACAUACAUGACAUGUAUCCCAGGAGCCCCUGGGGCACCGGGUCGAGAUGGAGCCAAAGGAGAACUGGGCAACCCGGGGAAAACUGGGACCCAGGGACCACGUGGUCCUGACGGAAAGAAAGGAGCAAAGGGAGAGCCUGGGAUCCAGGGUUCCGCCGGACCAAAAGUACAGCGAGGGGACAAAGGUGACAAUGGAAAGCCACGACUGGCUUCACACAUGAACUGGAAGGAGUGCGCUUGGAAAAAGGAAUACGGCACAGAUUCAGGAUUGAUAUAUGUAAGUGCGGAUCGUCACUUUGUUAACCGAGUUAAAUAAUACUCCGUUAGCUCAAAGCAAGUAAUUUUCACUAAAACGAUUGACUGCCAUAAUGCUUUGGUCAGCAGUCAGCGAUAAUGAAGGCCGCGUCUUUUGAAACUACGUAGUUUUGUGUUAAAAGUGCGGCCAUUUUUAGUUUUAUUAUACUGUGCCUUUCUUUAUUCUUAAUUUCUUUGCUAACCUUAUGAACAUGCAGAUUUUUUUUGUGUCCAAACACCUUACAUUAAUUAAUAUCGUUCAACUGAUGUAUUUUUUUUAUAGAAUGGAGUAAAUACAAAUACAAUACAACAUGGAUGCUGUUUCUUUAUUUCUCGUUUAGAACUGUGACUUUGUAAAGAAAUACACUGACUCUUCCCUCCAUGUCUACUAUACUGGUAACCUCAGAGUUGGCGGAUGUGACCGAUGCUGUAGUCGAUGGUAUUUCAACUUCAAUGGAGCCGAGCGCAGCUCUCCUGGAACUAUUGACGGAGCAUUCUACAUGCAUACAGGCAGAAACCACCAUCUUCACCGUCACCGCCACAUUGAAGGUCACUGCAAUAACAUUCAGAAAGGAAAGGUGCGAGUGGGAUUCUGGGUUGGAAAGUGCGUCACAGGCCAUAAGCUUGCUGACGCCUACACUGGUUGGCAUUCAAUGAAUCGUAUCUUCAUUGAAGAAGUACCGAAAGCUCAGCAGUAA